ACACCCGAUUUUUCACUUCAUAUCAUUCGAUAUUCCCUCUACCGUUACGCUCCUAUCGUAACCCUUUCGCAACCCGCUAGUGCAAUUCAAAACCAUGAUCUGGACCACCCAUAAAUUUUUCUUUGCAAUUUGCUCUUCAAAUCUUUUCCCUUCAUCAAUCUGACGACACAUGGCAGGUUGUCAAUUGGCACUUGGAGGACAUAAAGAUAGGAAAGCUUUCCUCUGCCUACAGUUGCUUUUUAUCUAAGUCCCCAAUCUUUUCGUUCCCUAUAUAAGGACCCCUCGAGCUGAUAACUUCUACACCAAUUAACUCAAACAUCUCCGUACCGUACAGGGAAAAUGGCUACCAUUUCUCUUGAUCCCAGACUCGGCUUCCAAACAGGCAAGACCCAUCACCAACACGGCGCGGUUACCGAAGAAGUCGAAGGAAUCAUCAGAAUAUACAAAGACGGGCACGUCGAAAGGCCUCCACUGGUCCCGACUGUCUCCUGUGCAGUGAGUCCAGAACUGAGUGUGGCAGCAAAAGAUGUUAUUAUCGAGAAAUUUACCAACUUAUGGGCUCGGCUUUACGUUCCGAGCUGCCCAGCCGGAAAGCUCCCGUUAGUUGUGUACUUCCACGGCGGGGGGUUUUGUGUCGGCUCGGCCGCUUGGAGCUGCUACCAUGACUUCCUUUCAAAUCUGGCCUCCAAAGCAAGCGCCAUCAUCGUAUCGGUUAACUACCGUUUAGCCCCAGAGAACCGUCUCCCUGCCGCUUAUGAAGACGGUCUCAACGCUGUCAUUUGGCUGAAACAACAAGCUAUGAGUGGGAGCCAGGACCAAAUCUGGUGGUCGAGCCGGUGCAACUUAUCGAGCGUGUUCCUAGCCGGGGACAGCGCCGGUGCCAACAUAGCUCACAAUGUUGCUGCACGGCUCGGUAGUCUGAGACCUUUGUGCCUCAAGGGUACGAUUCUGAUUCAACCCUUUUUCGGGGGAGAGUCGCGAACCGAGUCUGAGAAGCACGCUUUUCAGCCAGCUGGCUCGGCUCUGACUCUACCGGCUUCUGACGCUUAUUGGCGGUUAUCGCUCCCCGUGGGGGCUAACCGGGACCACAACUGGUGCAACCCCAUUGCAAGGGGGGGAACCAAGGCGGGAGAAUUCGGAGCUGUGUUGGUGUGUAUAUCCGAUAUGGAUAUAUUGAAGGAUAGGAAUUUGGAGUUCUGUUCUGCCAUGGCAAGAGAAGGUAAGAGAGUGGAGAAGGUGAUUUACAAAGGGGUUGGUCAUGCAUUUCAAGUUCUGAAUAACUCUCAGCUUUCUCAAGCUCGAAAGUGUGAAAUGAUGAACGAUAUCAAGGCUUUCAUCCACCAGUAGUACUUUUUUUUUUGUUAACUCAAGUAGCCGAGCCAGCUUACAUGCACCUCGAUUAAUCUUAAGUAGUGGACUUAUUUCGAAGAGUUUCAUUCUUUUCUUUUUUUUUCUUUUUUAUUUUUUUUGGAUUUGUAUAGUUUGAAAUGUAGAUUACAGAGAAAAGGAGGGUGUUAGUUUUAUUCUGAAAAAAAAUUGGUUGUUUAAAAGCUGGUGAGAAAUAGUACGUUUGUCCAGUUUAUCAAUAUGUUCUCAUUAACCCAAAAAAAAAAACGAACUUGAAUGG